GGACUGUAAGCUCGUAAACGAGAGCGCGCGAGAUUUGACUACUUCCGGUGACAAACAAAAAUGGUGAUAUGCUUCGCAUUCGCUUGCAACCAUCGGAGUGGGGCUAACAGCUGCAAGUUUUAUCGCUUUCCCACAGACGGAAAGAAGCGAUUGUUGUGGGGAAAACUAUGCAGACGAGCUGAUCGCCAACCAGGAGAUCAGAAUGAUAGGAUCUGCUCCUGCCACUUUAAGGAUGGUAAGAAAGAGGGGGACCCUGCAUAUUUUGCAUGGAAUGAGGGAAAGGCUAUGGAUUUCUCCGAUCCUGAAUGCACAAAAAGGAGGAAAAAACUCAAACGUGAGGAGUCCCUGUCAUCUUCACAGAUAGACCAGUUACAGAUUCCUCAAGCACCAAAUUGUCAAGAUCAAGAAAAAUUGAUAGCAGAGCACAACUACUCAGCAUCCUGCACAUUUAACUGUACUCAAGAAAUGCAGCGCCUCUCAACAGAAAUACAGCAACUGGAAGAGGAAUUGCUUGCCCUAAAAAUAGAGUCUAGUAAAAGGAAGCCGAUGUCAAUUCACGAUAUAAAAGACAAUGAAGAGAAGGGACAUUUAAAGGAAUUCCAAUUGUGAUUUCCUUUUUCCUAAGAAUUUCAGUAAACUUGUUGCUGUUGAGGGAUGAACACUUC